AUUCCAAACACACUUGCAUCCACUUCAGACAAUCCACGUAGCCAUUGUCUGGGCCUUUUGUUAGGACAACUACUGCAAACAACUGCUAAGAGAAGGUACCGCGAUUAAUACCCAGACGUGAUUAGUUGAGUCCCACCAUGAGAAACGGCGGCCCCACAAUCGCGUUGCUGCUGAUCUUCGGCGCGUUUCUGCUAGCAGCGCAGCCAUCCAGAGGCGCACCACGCCAGUGGUGGCGUAACGGUGCCGAGUCCCAGCCUUUUGCGGCGCCCGCCAGAGGCAACGCGGGCAAAUUCCAGGCGCCAGACACCGCCGGUUCUGCCGUGUACAUCGUGCGCCUGAGCACGGCGCCCCCCCUCUCCGAAUACCGCGGCGGAAUUGCGGGGUACCCCGCCACUGCCACGUGGGACGACGGCAGCGACGAGGAGGAGAACGACGACGACCGCGUGCCGGAGAUGCUUCUCGCGGCCGAAGAUUCCGGCGCAGCAGGCGGCGAAUCCGAGUCAGAGCCCGAGUCCGUCGACUUGGACGACACCAACGCCGAUCAGCACUUCCCCAACGCAACUGCGCCAGCGCCAGCAGAUGCGGCGCCUGAAACCAGUUCGACUUCCAGCGCACGCGGUGGUCGUGGGAAUGGUGGUGGUAGCAGCAGCGGCAGCGGCGGGUGCGCGCGGCACAGGCUGCAUCUGAGCAUGGACCGCCCCCAGGUGGCAGCGUUCGCGUCGCUGCUGCAGCGGCAGCAGGCGCAGGUGGCAUCUGAGGCGGGCGUGGGCGACGGCGACCUGCUGUACAGCUUCAAGCACACGUCCAACGGCUUCGCCGCGCGCCUCACCCCGCGCCAGGCGUGGCGCCUGCAGCGCCAUCCCGCCGUGGCGUCCGUGCGCCGCAGCCGCGUGUUCCAGCGGCGGACCAGCGACUCGCCCAAGUUCCUGGGGCUCCCCGGAAAGGGGUUUAGUUCGAACUUCCCCUCUGGGUGGAAGGGUAAAUGCGAGCAGUCCAACUCGUUCCGAUGCAACAACAAGGUGAUCGGCGCCAAGGCGUUCUACACCGGGUUUCAGCGGGCCAGCGGCAAGCCCGCGCUGGCGAACGACUGGCUCACGCCACGAGACGCGGACGGGCAUGGCACGUGGUGCGCGGGCGCGGCGGCGGGGAGCCCGGUGGGGCUGCAGGGCGGCGGGCAGGUGAGCGGCAUGGCGCCGGCUGCGCGGAUCGCGGCGUACAAGGUGUUCUGGACGGACCGCAGCAGCGGGGAAAUGUAUGCGGACGAGUCAGACAUCAUCGCAGCCGUCAAUCAGGGCGUGGCGGACGGCGUGGAUGUGCUGUCGCUGUCCCUGGGGGGCAUGGAUCCCAACGACAACUAUUUCAACGACCUGGCUUUUAUGCGGGCCAACGCUGCCGGGGUGUUCAUUGCCUUUGCUGCUGGUAAUGCUGGCGCUCCGGGCCAGUCACAGGGGGGUGGUUACCGCACGGUGGACAACUUCGCACCCUUCUUUCUGACUGUGGGCGCCAGCACCAUCGCACGGGGAGCGUCCCUAGCUUCGGCAGCAGCAGCAGCCGGCACUCAGUCGCUCCCCCUCAAUGCCAUUGCCGGCGCCGCCAGCACCAACAGCACUGUCAACUGCAACGGCACUGGCAGCGGCAACAGCACAGGCAACGGCACCAUGCCAGGUGAUGGCAGCGGCACCACUUUCACUGCCGACGGAGGUAUCACCUUCGCCACCUCCUCCUCCUCCGCCCCGGUGGUUGCUGACUUCUCGUCCCGCGGCCCCCUCAUACCGCCCUCUGCCACGGCCCAGCCCCCCCAACCAGGCAACGCCAUCCUCAAGCCCGACAUCAUCGGCCCCGGCGUGGACCUCCUAGCCGCCGCUCCUGGGAAGAAAAUCGGCGACCCCGGCGCCCUCGCCCGCCUCUCGGGUACUUCCAUGGCCACCCCUCAUUUGGCGGGGCUGGCCGCGUUAAUUAUCCAGAAAUUCCCCAACUGGAGCCCGGCGCAGGUGAUGUCGGCGAUGAUGACGACGGCGCGGGUGACUGACACGAGCAGCAGCCCCAUCAAGAGCUCCACUGGCGGGGAUGCCACCCCCUGGGAGAUGGGGGCAGGCCAUGUGUUCCCCCCUGCCAUGCUCAACCCCGGCCUCACCUACGACGCCCGAGACAAAGACUACCAGAAUUUCCUGGCCGGGCAGGAUCUGACCCGGGCGAAAAAGGAGUUCCCAGGGGUGUCCCUCUCCCCCCUGGCUGUGCGCAAUCUCAACCUUCCCACCAUUACUCUACCGCGCCUGCAGGGCUCGAUUCAGGUGACUCGCACGGUCACCAAUGUGGGAGGGGCCCAGUCCACAUACAGUGUAUCUGGGAAGGCGCCAGCAGGGGUGAAGGUGACAGUGGCGCCUAAGAGCCUCACGGUUGGUGCCGGGCAGAAGGCGAGUUAUACUCUGACGUUCACUGUGGAUACACCCAGCAAGGACUUCAAGUACGGGUAUAUAGUGUGGGCGGAUGACCAGGGCCACAGCGUGCGGUCCCCCCUCGUGGUGCAGCCACUCUCGCGCUAAAGGGGGAGAGGGUGAGUGCUUGCUGCUCUUGCAGUAAGGGCAUGGGUGCUGUGCGGUGCUGUCCUGGCUGCUAGUGGUGCGGCUGAUGCUACGGCUGGGAGCGUGUAGUGGGUCAUUGGUCGAAAUGUGAUGGAUGGACACGGGGGUUCAGCCAGGCAAGGGCAAGGGUUGGUUCGUGCUGGCAGCCUCACAUGUUACAGGGAUGACCUCCGUCCCUGGCCACGUGAAGACCCUGCUUUUAGGCUCCAGCCGGUUGAGGCUAUUGCCUACAUGUUAGGAUGCGACCGUACCACCUGUAUAC